AUGGAGGUCCCGUCAUUCAUUCGCCCAUCCGUGGCGCGCCAGAUCAAAACCAUUGACAUGCAUACGACUGGAGAGCCUACCAGAAUCGUAUACUCAGGCUACCCAGAUAUCACCGGGACCCUUCUCGAACAACGGGCAACCGCUCGCGCCGAGCACGACCACAUCCGACGCAGCCUCAUCUUUGAGCCACGCGGGCACCAUGACAUGUACGGCGCCGUGCUUCGGCCGUCGACCGAACUCGUCGACACGGGUGCCGCGCACAUGGGUGCCCUCUUCCUGACGCAUGAGGGCUACAGCACCAUGUGCGGCCACGCCACCAUCGCCCUCAGCCGCCUCCUCGUCGACUGCGACGACGCCACCAUCUUCCCCCGCCGCCACGAGCUCCGCUUCGACCAGGGCACCCGCACCGUCGAGCUACGCCUGCACGUGCCUUGCGGCCUCGUCCGGGUCAACGUGCCCGCCAUCCAAACCGGCGACGACACAUCUUCCUUCCGCACCGACACCUCCCGCCCCAUCACCUACCUCAGCGUCCCCAGCUUCGCCACCGCCAUCUCCAUCCCCAUCCCCGUUCCCCCCUCCCUCCGCUGGCCCGAACUUGCCUCUUCCCCAUCCACCACCACCGUCACCGCCUCCGUCGCCUUCGGCGGCGCCUUCUACCUCAUCGUCCCCGCCGCACACCUCGGCUUCCCCGCCGACGCCCUCUCCUCCCCCAACCCCCCCAUCACGGCGCUCCGCCACGCCGCCAUCAACCUCAAAGCCGCCUUCACGCAGUCGGCCGAGCUCUGCGCCGCGCACCUGCGCCACCCGCACUCGCCGGACCUGCAGUUCCUGUACUCGGUCUUCGUCACCGAGGCCGGCCGCGGCGAAGUGCUGGAUGGUUGUGAUGGCGCCGAGACGGGCUUGUGCGUCUUCGCCGACGGCCAGGUCGACCGCAGUCCCACGGGCAGCGGCGUGCAGGCUCGCGUGGCCCUGGCCGUGGCCAAGGGCGAGCGGGGCGUCGGGAAGGAGCGCUGGGUGUACCACAGCCUGCUGUCCAACGCGUUUGCGGGGAAGGGUGGGUUUGUGGGCAGGGCGGUCGAGGAGGUCGAGAUUGGUGGUGACGGGGAGAAGAUUAAGGGUGUCAGGGUCGAGGUUAGCGGAUGGGCGAAUUAUACGGGAGUCAAUACGUUUGUGGUCGAGGAAGGGGAUGAGGUUGGUGCGGGCUUUUCAUUCGAGGCAUUGGGAAGUUGA